AUGGCCAGCACCACCACCACCGCAGACCCCAGCGCCACCAAACCCACGGUAGUCUGCGUCUUUUGCGGCUCGCAUCCAGGCAACAACCCCGCCCACCUCGCCUCCGCCCGUGCCCUCGCCCACAUCUUCCACAAGGAAAACAUCACCCUCAUCUACGGCGGCGGCACAGGUGGCAUUAUGGGCGAACUAGCACGCACCCUCGUCUCCCUAUCCGGCCCCAAGUCCGUGCACGGCAUCAUCCCCUCCGCCCUCGUCAAGAUCGAGAACGGAUACCGGACGGCAUUGACGGGGCCCAAGGCCGAACGGGCGGCGAUGGAGCGCGGCAAGGAGCCGGAGAGGGUUAUUGUUGUCAGCGAUGGCGACGAGAGUGCGGAUGGGGAGUCGGAGUAUGGGCUUACGACGCUUGUGCCGGAUAUGCAUACGCGGAAGCGGGUGAUGGCGGAGAAGGUUAUGGAGGGUGGACCCGGGAGUGGGUUUGUGGUUCUUGCGGGGGGGUUUGGCACACUUGAGGAGGCAAUGGAGGUUGUUACGUGGAAUCAGCUGGGAAUUCAUCAUCAGGGGAUUGUGUUGUUGAAUAUUGCGGGGUAUUGGGAUGGGUUGAUGGAGUGGGUUGAGAGGGCGGUUAAGGAUGAGUUUGUGAGUGAGGUGAAUAAGGGGAUUUUCGUGGAAUGUAAGAAUGUUGAGGAGGUUGUGGGGGCAUUGAGGGCGUAUAGGCUUUGUGAGGGGAGGUAUUCGUUGGAUUGGUCGCGGUCGUAG